AGGUAGCCGACAGGCAGGUUUGCCGACCGGAUCUCCAGCGGUACCGUACGGUGUGUACGCCGGGAAAAGUCAGCGCGGUUCUCCGGCCAGGCCCGCGCCGCCACGCCGACGAAUUCCCAGUUUGUCGCGCUUAACCGGUGCGCGUGGUCUGACCUGUCGCGUCGCUCUCUCCUGAGGAGAAGAGGCUCAAGUCGAGGCGCGGUGUGAUCCAGGAUCCCACGUAGAUCAAGUGCGAGUAAUUGUACAACGUUGACAACCGGCUUGUGUUCGCCAAGUGAACUCUUUCGAGAUCAUCAGAUCGCGCGCACAGUGCUAUCAUCGGAGACGAUCAUGUGUCGGGCGUCGUCGAUCGUCACCGCGAUCGUGCUCCUGAUCGUCCUGCUGGACGACAAGGCGGUCGGCAAGAUGCGUGUUGUCUAUCGGUGGAAGCAGAUUGACUACGACUGGCGGAGCAAUGACACCAAGAGGCUUUUCCCAGACUAUAAGCAGGAGGACAACCUGCCGUUGGGCCUGGAAGUGGCUGGAGAUCGGCUCUUCAUCACGGUGCCGAGAUGGAGACAGGGAGUCGCCGCUAGUCUCAAUUACAUCUGGCUCAAUGACACACGCGAAUCGCCACCAUUGAUCCCUUAUCCAUCCUGGGAGGCGCACCAAUACGGCGCAGCCGGCGUGCCGGAAAUCGUAUCGACCUUCCGCGUGCGUGCCGAUCGUUGCAAUCGUCUCUGGGUCCUGGACACCGGUCUAACGGACAUCUUGGGCAAUCCCGAGCAGCAAGCACCUCCGGCGCUGAUCAUCUACGAUCUGACGAGCGAUCGGGUGCUGCGCAAAUAUGUAAUACCAUCUGAUCAGCGUACUGCUGAUUCCUUGUUCGCCAACAUCGCCGUCGAGGACUACUCAUGCGAGGAUUCCUACGCUUACUUGGGUGACCUGGGUGGUCCGGGUUUGGUCGUGUAUUCCUGGAGCCUUCAUAAGUCCUGGCUCGUGAAGCAUCACUCUUUUCACCCGGAUCCGAUGGGCGGGGAAUUCAAAGUGUCAGGAAUAUCAUUCCAAUGGAACGACGGUUUGUUCGGGAUGGCUCUGGCACCAACCGGAGAUGGUUACAGCACCAUGUACUACCACGCGCUCUCCAGUGGCAUGGAAUUCGCUGUCAACACGAGAUUGCUGCGCGAUCCUCAGCGCGCCAGUGCUGCAGAAACGUCCCCUGAAUUCCAAACGCUGGGCUCUCGCGGACCCAACGGCCAAAGCAGCGUUAGCUUCCUGGACCCGAAGACUGGCGUUCUCUUCUACGCACUCACCAAUCUGAAUGCGAUCGCCUGUUGGAGGCCGCAGAGCAAAUUCACCAUGCAGCAGCAGAGCUACGUGUACCAGGACAACGUCACCAUGAUCUUCCCCAAUGAUCUCAAGAUCGACCGAAACGGCUACUUAUGGGUUCUCACGGACAGACUACCCGUCUUCAUGUACUCGCACCUGGAUCUGCAGGACUAUAACUUUAGGGUACUCACGGGAGCAGCCGCAGAUCUCAUCAUGGGUACGGCCUGCGCGACGACGUCAUCCCCUCCUUUCACGACAAGGACAAUGCACGAUCACAUGGAUCACAUGGAUCAUAUGGAUCACAUGGAUCACAUGAAUCACAUAGAUCAUAGCACGACGCCGAGGGUCAGCAACAGACUCAACUCCGCUGGCUCCAAAAUGAGUCCCGAGUCCAUCUUCAUGACGAUGACGCUGCUGACGCGCCUCAUCGAAGCCCUCGUUGAAUUUUUAUAUAAGAGGAUAGCAUGGAAAUCUUCCAGACAUUCUUCAGACAGAGUCGAGGAACAUGGACAGAGUCGAAGAAGACAUGGAAAGAUGGAUCAGCAAGAGCAGCUAUUUCUAUUCUUUCCAACGGUUACUUGUUUAAUCGAGAUCAUGGAGAACGCACGUUCGCGAGACAUAGAUACGAGAGGAUUGAUCGAACAUGUCGUCAGCGCGAUACGUUCCGAAGUCAGGAACACUUUUGUCAUGUCGAAAACCAGCACGAUACCCGGCUUGGCCUAUCUGCCGACGAGGGAAAUUCCGACAAAAACCGCCGCGAGUUUUCUAGAGGGCAGACGACAAAUCGACGGUGCAGAGGGACUGUGGAGGGUCGAAAGCAAACUUUACAACUUGGAAACGUUCAUGAAGACGCAUCCGGGUGGCAUGGAAUGGAUUCAGCUCACGAAAGGAACCGACAUCACCGAAUUGUUCGAAAGUCAUCACAUCACCGACAAGGCCAAGCAGCUGCUGCCCAAGUUCUACGUUCGCGACGCGGUGAGUCCGCGUUCAGUGCCUCUGACCUUCUUACCGGAUGGCUUUUAUUGCACAUUCAAGAAACGCGCGCUGGAGGCCUUGAAGAACGUCGAUUUCCAUCGGCCGUCCACCACAACGAAUCUGAUCAUCGAUUCCUUGAUGAUCAUGACUUUCGCGCUGAGUCUCAUGGCUGCGACAGUUAAUUCCUACGCUUUGAUAGUUCUCGCCAGCGUUUUUCUGGCAUUGACGACGAUCGCGGCACACAAUUAUUUCCACAUGAGGGACAACUUCCGCAUGUACUACUUCGAUCUCAGCACAAUGUCCUCGAAGAACUGGCGCAUCACACACGUAAUGAGCCACCACAUGUACACCAACACUCUCUGGGAUUAUGAGAUAUAUGUGGUUGAACCGUUUCUGCAGUGGAUUCCCCGCGAAAAUAAAUCCUACUUGACAGGAUUAAUAAGUAAAAUCAUCAGCCCCAUUGUCUGGAUGUUGCUAUUCAUCGAUCAAGUCAUAAAACGAUACUACUCGGUAUAUAAAGAGUAUCGAGUUUUCGAGUUCCGUGACGUCAUACCGAUUCUGCUACCUUUGGUAAUGAGUCUGGUAGCACCUAAGAUCACCGUCGCCUUGAAGCUGUGGCUGAUAAUGUUGUUAAUCAGCAGCACUGUGUUCGCUACAAUCGGCUUCAAUGCCGCUCAUCAUCAUCCCGAUAUUUUCCACGAUGGCGAUAUCCCCAGGGAGGAUUUGGAUUGGGGCCUGCUUGAGCUGGACUCGGUACGCGAUCGCGAGGUGAUCGACGACUCGCUCUUCUUGGCGCUCACAACCUUCGGCUCCCACACGCUGCAUCAUCUGCUACCCACCGUGGAUCAUCACUAUUUGCAUUUAUGUCUGCCCGCUUUUCUGCAAACGUGCAAGGAGUUCCGUCUCAGCCCAGAAAAGUGGACGCAGUGGGAACUCUUCAAGGGGCAGUUCCAACAACUCUCGCGUAACAAACCGAAGAAGAAUCACAGAUAGCUCCGUCCAAGUAUAAUAGUUGCGUCCGAUUCCCGAUAGUUUAAAACAUGUUAAGUUUUGUAACUUUUUAGAAAAUAUGUCUCGUUAGAACUGUGAUAAGUGUAAGUGAAGCAAUAAUGUUUCAGACACUCUUAUUAAUUAUAUUACUUAAUUAGUCGAUAUAUAGAUUCCCCAAGGAGAGAGUACAUUAAACGUUAAAUGAGAAUUAAGCUGAAAUCGAGUGCGAAUGUAUAUAUAUAAGAUAUGUAACGAGAGAAGAUAAAUCGUCGAGAAUGCUUCUUGUUUUUAUUGCUUGAGAGACAGAGAAACUUGCGAAGAUAUGUAUGCUUGGAUCAUCAAGGAACUCAUCUCCGGAUCAGCUACGUGUAUCUUGAUCAUAUUGUUUUACGUUGCAAAAUGAGAUACAAUAGACGUUGCAAAAUAGAUAAAAUAGACGAUUGCGAAAUUGCA